AUUAGAAUAAGAAGAUGCUCUCAAGUACCUCAGUGUGAAACACACUGAAGGAAUUGCUUUCUGAUUCCAAAGGAGGCAGUCAAAAGAGGCAAAAUGCGGAACCUACUAAGGAGGCUGCAGGCCAUUAGUGAGGAGCAGAGCUAUGAACUGGAAUUUUAUUACCCUAAUUAUGAUGUAGAUCAGGUGACUCCGUUUCAACAAACGGUGGUGUCUGAGAACUCCUCAGCAAUCGACAGCAUCCUGAAGGAGGCCGACUCAAUACGCAAGGAUAUCUCCUUUCUCCACUUGCAGGUUGAACAUCUAAGCAAACACAAUGAACGCUUUAGCACCUCUGUGCAUCGCCUCACAAUACUGAAAAAGGACUCUGACACAUUUGCCAGGGGAAUCCAGCAGCGCGGGGAGGCCCUGUAUGCCCGCCUGCAGGCACUGGGUAAGGACAGCAAGCAGCUGGAGGAGAAAGAAGGUCCCAACUCUGCUGCUAGCCGCAUUGCCCGAGUUCAGUAUGACAUGCUGACCCAAGCCUUCCAUACUGUCAUGAGCAACUACAAUAGGGCUGAGGAGAUCCAGAGGACUGCAUGUCGGGGUAGGAUCAAGAGGCAGGCUUCCAUUAUUGGGACUGAUAUCACUGAUGAGCAGCUCGAUGCACUGGUGGAAAAAGGUGGUGAAGGAUGGGCUGAGCUGUCCCAGAGUCUGCAGACACGAGGUUCACGCUCAUCCCACUGGGUGAUGUGUGAGAUCAGAGGUAGACACAAGGAACUGGUAGAGCUGGAAGCCAGGCUGAAGGAGGUCCAUGAAUUGUUCCUGCACAUGGCCAUGCUGGUGGAGGAGCAGGGAUCCAUGCUCAAUAACAUAGAGGCUAAUGUGUGUAGCACUCAGGAAUAUGUGGAUAAAAUGAACAUUAACAUCAAGAAGGCCCUAAAGUACAAGAGGAAAAAUCCUUUUCAACAAUGUUGCCCCUGUCUAAUCUGUUGGAGACACAACCAAACAUUUUAGGACUUAUUUUGGCUUUAUGCAAUUUUAUUGAUGAUUGAAAUAAACCUUUGCCUAAUUAAAAAGUUAUGGACAGCUGAA